GCGCGGGGCGGGCGGUGCGGGGCGGGCGGCGCGGAGCGGAGGAGCCGGUGGUCACGCUAUGCACUCCCUCGCCCAGGAGAUCCGCAGCUUCUCCAGGGCCAACCUGCGGAAGCAGCGCACCCGCGUCACGACGCUGACCGGCCGCAGGAUCAUCGAGACGUGGCGAGGCGCCUGCCUGCAGGUGGAGGAGGAGGAGGGGGAGGCGGGCGGCGGGUUCGUGCGGGACCUGAGCGCCGACCUGCAGGUCGGAGUGGUGAAGCCCUGGCUGCUGCUGGGGUCGCAGGAUGCUGCUCACGACCUGGAGACGAUGAGAAAGCACAAGGUUACUCACAUUCUAAAUGUGGCAUAUGGAGUCCAAAAUGCCUUCCUCGAUGAUUUCAUAUACAAGACCAUUUCUAUUCUGGACCUCCCAGAAACUGAUAUUACCUCCUACUUCCCUGAAUGUUUUGAGUUUAUUGAGAAAGCCAAGAUCCAGGAUGGCGUGGUACUGGUCCACUGCAACGCAGGAGUCUCCCGUGCAGCGGCUGUAGUCAUUGGUUUUCUAAUGAAUUCAGAAAGACUGAGUUUUGCCAGAGCCUUUUCCUUGGUGAAAAAUGCGAGGCCUGUGGCUCGUCCGAAUCCUGGCUUCAUGGAGCAGCUUCACAAAUACCAAGAACAGAUUGUAAAAGAAAACGGAAGCAUAAAUGAUCACGACUGAUCAAAAGGGAGAAGGGAAACAAUCUGUUUUGACUACACAGGCACAGAUGUUGGAUGUCCUUUAAUCUGUCAUUUUGCAAUCCCCUUUUCACUUGGGCAUUUUCGAGUCAUUGCAUAUUUUUUCUUACAUUCCCUCGACCCUGUUUCUUUCAGCACGUCAUCUAUAGGCCAGAUGAUAUUCCACUGACUUCAGAGAAGUUUUGCCCAAGAACCAGCUCUUCCUAGAGUGCUGAUAGAAAGAUAAAGUUCAGUUUUCCUUGAAACAGUAGAAAACAACAGAAUGACGGUGGGUUUUUUUAUGAUACAUCAGAAAAUGCAGGCAAUUGAGAAAGACAAUAAAAUAACUGAGAUAAGUUGCCCCAUUUACUUUCCAAAUGUAUGCAUUCUAUUCGGUUGUAAAAUCUAGAUAAUAAAAUGUUCAUAUAAUGAAGUACCUUGAUAUUGGAUUUUAAAUUUAUAUUGCAAGUAAAGAGGACUUUAUUGAUUUCUGUGGGCUAGCCAGCCAUUAAAUUUUUUUGGAAAUUAAAACAGAUGGUCUUUUGAGGAUGCUCAAAAUGUGUAGGAUGCUUUCAUGCUUCAUGUCUUUCUACCGUUUCUCCUCAAGCAGGGAUUUGAAGUGCACUAACAUGAUGUUUCCAAAGUGCUGGAACCAGCAGAGGUUUUUUUUUUUUGUAAAUCAUUUCGGUGGAGAUAUGAAAAAUGAUGAUAACAACCUAUCUGCUCACUGCUAUUGCCUUUUCUUCACAUUCAACCCACAUUUGCUGUUCCCUCAUUCCAUUCCACACCAUCUAUAAAGAAUGGACAUCCUAGGAUGGGUAACUUUAGCGCUCCUGAGAAGUCUCAGGCUGGAAUUACUGUCUUAAGAUGGCAUGUUCAAUACACACGCAAAAUCUGUAAAAGAUUUUAAUAGUAUUUUUUGCGGCCUUCACGCCAGUUCUUAAUGGUUUGAUAUAUUAUUAUGCAGUAAAAUAAAAAGGACCCUGUGUUUGGAUAAA